AAGCCUGCCUCAGCGACCGCCCCGAGACUUUUUCUCAUUCGCUUCCAAGCCACCGUCAACCACAGAAACUCUUAAAUUCAACCACCGGCGCCACCACCAGAGUCUGAAAAAAACCAUGGCGUCAACAUCAGAUGUGCACGGUUCUUCUCCUGUGCCAACCCUGCCCCAACCCAACGACAACGGUCGUUCACACAUGUCUUCUCUCUCAUCAUCCUCCUCCAUCUCCGACGCCGAAACCGAACGUAGAGGACGCUCAGAGAGACCUCGUAUGGCCAGUCGGAAACCGAGUGCCUCGAUACUAGUUCCACGGGAUCAUCCUGAAAUCGAAAUCGAAGAAGAGGAAUUCCCCCCUGACGACGCGCGCGCCAUGAGCCCUCGACGCAACUCGGCUGAUUUGGAGCGACUGGGCAAGGAAGCCAGGCAGACAUUACAAGAACAAGCCAAGGCCCUCCAGUCCUCCCUUCAGGCGCUCGCCGAACGUAUCGAAGCCGUCAAAUCCGACCAUGAUAAGCUCGAAAGCGAGAACCGAUUUCUUCAAGACUACAUUGGUGGAUUAACCCGCAACAUGACCAAGACCGAAAUGACAAGGAGUAGCACCAAGGUCAAAAAGUCGCAGAAAUAGCUCCGACGCCGUAUCAUCAUCCCGGCUAUUCGAUACAGAUAAGCGGUCGGGAAUUCGCUGCCCUG